CGCAUGCGCAGUGUUCAACUAUAUACGUUACCUGUAUUAAAUUGGGGCGAAACCACCUAUGGGGCGAAACCACACGAUCCUCUGGCGCGAAAAGUCAUAAAACAUGGAGGACCUACGCGAAAUACUUGAAGAAUUAGGUAUACCUAACGUUCUUGAAAAUUUCGAGAGGGAAAACGUUUCACAAGAAAUGAUAUGUAUGUUAUCGGACGAUGAAUUAAAAAGGUUGGGCAUAGAAACAAUAGGAUUGAGGCAUAAACUGAAACAACUUCUCGAUUUAAGGAAACAUCAACCUUCAACUUCUGUCAUUUCUGAAAGAUCGCGCCUAUUCAGCCCUUAUUCUCGCACUUCAGCAAGUAAACCUGGGAAAAGAUCACGUAAGAAAGAAAAGUUUAUCACGCUGCAUUUUCUCUGCUUGGCACACACAGGACAGAAGAGUGUCCCAAACGGCAACGAAAAAGAAGUUUUGAAUAAAGCAGGACUAGGAAAGAAAAAAAUUCUUUUGAAAAAAUCUGAUGAUGAGAAGGAAUUAGCAGAAACACUUAUUUCGAAAGAAGUAAAUGAAGAUGGUGAUUUUGUCGGCUUUCCAAAAUUAGCAGAUGGGGGUGGUUUUGAAUUACUUCGCAGUACUCAAAACUGCAGAGAUUUAACUUUAAUAAACUGUUCAUGGUCAGCUAAAGAAUUGCAGAAAAAUGUGAACCCACAGGUUACCAUAUACAUUAGACCAAUACAGAAAAAUUUAUCGACUGAAGCUAUCGUUAAUCGUCCUGAAAAAUUGGCAGAAUUGAGCAUUGAAGAAAAAUGUGUGACAUGUGGAAGAAAAUUUUUAGUAAGGGAACUACGAAAACACACAGAAACAUGUGACCAAGCACCCUCAGUUUCUACAGAUGUUGAUACUACCAGUAUAGUGCCAGUAACACAAAUCGUGCAAACUGAUGUACCAGUUGAUGUUAAUGGAAUGAGUUUUUUUCAGGGCCUAUUCGAAAGUAAUGACAUUACCCUUACAGUGGCCCCAACAGUUGAUAUCGAAAGUGUUGCAACCCCAUCGAUAGAGUUUGAAAAUGUUACAACCCCAUCCAUCAAGGAUGAAAGUGUUGCAACCCCUGUGCAUGUUGAAACUGUAACAGGUGUGACAAAUAGAAUAGUUAAUUUUUGCAAAACACAAAAUAUAUUGGACCCUGUUGAAAUUUUGCGUAAAGUUCAAAAUGAAAUGGUGACUGGUAGACCUUUGGAAGUCGUUGACGUUACAAAUAGUUCUGAAGGCGACACAAACUUCAUUUUGGUAGACAGAACUCAUCUUUUGGAGACAUCGUUUGAUGAAAUCAAAGGAAUUGAGGAUCUUAGAAAGACUUUAGAAGUACAGUUUUAUGAUGAGGUUGGUAUAGAUAUUUAAGAAAUGCAUAUAGAGUGAUGAUAAAAUUUGAAAAAAAUGGUAACAAAUUACUUUUAAGAACAAAUGUGGGGUGAUUAUGACAUCAAAUAUGGCAUCUUUGGUGGCCAAGGGUUUAUGAUCCUCUCCGCUUCUCUACAGGUGUAGAAAAGCGGAGCGGCGGAUCACAAACCCUUGGCUAGCGAAGAUAACAAUAUGGCUGAAGAGUAGAGAAACAACCUAGGAAUGCUAAAGUUUUAUUAUAUGAAGUGUGACUGUCAAAAUUCUAAAGGAUGAAAGCACUAACAGAUGACAAUAUUGUUGAGUUUAGUGAAUAUUGACUUUUGGGAGGGGGGAUAUUUUAUUAUUGUAUCAAGA